AUGUCUGCCCUCAUAAAUCAUCAUUUGACAUUUGAAGGAGGUGAUCGUAUACUACAUUACGGCUGUCAUGGUGGUGCUAUUUAUGAACCUUUGAAUGAUUUAAAUCCUCUACUGAAGUCAUUAACAGAUAAUCAAGGCAAUAUUCUGGUGCCUGGUAUAUAUGAUGAAGUGCAACAAAUUGAUCCAGAGGAAAUCAAACGAUUUGAAGAGUUGGACUUCAAUCUUACUACUUACCAAGGGUGCAUAACAUCACCUGAUUUACAGACGUAUGACAAAGUUGAUUCAUUACGACGUCGAUGGUGUCUUCCAUGUUUGUCGAUACACGGAAUAGAGAAUUCCUUUGAUAAACCUGGAGCAGUAACAUUAAUACCUAGAAAGACUGGUUUCAAAUCUUUUCCUGAUAAUCGUCAUAUUCUGCAUCAUCUAGUCUCAUUUUUAGCCAAUAUAAUGGGGUAG